CCCAGUUGCUAUCAGACUCCCCAGUCUGCAGGUAGUCACUGCUCUUCCCUGGUUGCCUGUUGGCCUGCUGCUUUUGUCUGGCCCCACAAAUGUUGGCUUAGGAGUCCUAGGAGCACUUGCCUGGUUUUUCUCCUCUUUCUCUCUCCUUCCAUCCCAGGAUUCUUGGGGGGAUCCCCUGCAAGGGUCUGACACCCUCCAUCUGGUUAAUGCUAAGAUCUGCCCCGAGCUAUCAUGCCUGAGACAGGACAGGAGAGCAGCAACCCUCCGGCCAAGGAGUCCCCCUUCUCUAUCAAGAGCCUUCUCACCUGUGAGCCCAGCAGGGCGGCCCGACCCCCCAAGGCUCUCUUCACCCCCAUUAAAGGGGCCCUGGACGGAGCAGCGUUUGCCUUCUCCCCGCUGACAGAUUUCACCUUCCCUCGGCUAGAGAUCCCGACUCAAAGGUUCGCCCUCCCGGCUCAUUAUUUGGAGAGAUCCCCGGGCUGGUGGUAUUCUUAUACCUUGGCACACGGAGGGCACACGCCGAGGACUGAAGUGCCAGACAAGAGCCUUCUGCUGGGCCCCACAUCUCCAGUGUCUGGAGGCGAGAGGGACUCGCCUGAUCCAAUACAUCCCCUCAAAACAGAGUUGGGGGCCAAGGAGAGCGAGUCCAAGAGCCCGGAGGAGAUUAUCCUGGAGGAAAGUGAUCCUGAGGAAGGCAAAAAAGACGACAGCGGGGAGGACUGGAAGAAAAGGGAGGACAGCCCGGACAAGAAGCCCUGUAGGAAGAAGAAGACCCGGACAGUGUUCUCCAGGAGUCAGGUCUUCCAGCUGGAGUCCACCUUUGACAUGAAGAGAUACCUGAGCAGCUCAGAGAGGGCAGGCUUAGCGGCCUCCCUGCACCUCACAGAGACCCAAGUAAAGAUUUGGUUCCAGAACCGCAGGAACAAGUGGAAAAGGCAACUGGCCGCAGAACUGGAGGCUGCCAACUUGAGCCACGCAGCCGCCCAGCGCAUAGUCAGGGUGCCCAUCUUGUACCACGAAAACUCAUCCAGCGCAGAGAGUGCUAGCUCUGCAGCCAACGUGCCCGUCAGCCAGCCCCUCCUGACUUUUCCCCACCCAGUCUAUUACUCCCACCCCGUGGUCACAUCAGUACCUUUGCUCAGGCCAGUGUGAGAUCUGCUACUCCUCCUCAUUGGCACCGGGCACCAGGGUAAGGGGGAGCCCUCCGUCCAAUCCCCAGGACACUCCCGAAGUGUUUGUAAGUACUGAAGACUGGCAGACCCCAGGCUACAGGGCGGGGGCAGAGUAGAUCCAAAAAAAAAAAAGGACACGAAAUAAAUGAAUAAAAAUACAGAUUUCUGUUUUGUAAAGUAAAACGCGCAGAUUUGUGACUUUAAAACAUUCAAACUGGGUGACGUUCGAUUUGCC